AUACUAGGGAAGACGGAAAUCGCACAAUAAGGGGGAAAACAGUAUUCACGACACUUUAUUUACCAAAUUUUAUGUCUGCAACCUCAUCGAUGACGCAUUGUUCUAAAGUUUACUACAUCCGCGACUCCAUUGCAUUGAGUUAGUUUAUUCGGUUAUUUUCAAGUUAAUAAUUACCCCCAAAAGGUUACGUCAAUAACACAUAGCAAGCAAAUCGAGGAAUCCUGUUAUACAUCACUGAGACCUACCCCAAAUCUUAAGUAUCCACUUAGGGCAAACAUCUUAAUUCUUAGCUCCGAGUCCAACUCUACACAUCUAACUGUCUCCAAUAUUGGACUGAUAUUAUAAGGAAAAUUAGGAUUUUCUAUAUUGGAUGGUGAAGUUCACCCUUAUUAUCCAUCCCGGUACUACACUUUAACAAGACAAUGUCGAACUCAACCUACCCGAUAGAUCCCGUCCUGAGUACCACGGUAGAACAUGUCAACAUUCAGGAGAACCGUUCCAGAAACAACAAGAUCAAAAUAUUACAGAGUAUGGCGGGAAUUCAGAUUGUAACGGGAAUCAUAUGCAGUGCCAUGGGCGGGACUGCUAUGGUGUUGGAGUGUUAUUUGUCCCGGAUUGGCGAUCCCAUCUGGAGCGGUUUGCUGUUUUUCCUAGUCGCAGGUAUAGCUGGAUCAGCAGGAACUGCUACUGGGAAACAAUGUGGAAUAACAUUCUAUGCAGUAUGGUCAUCUCUGUCGGCGGCCUGUGCAGCUCAGCUAUUUGGUUUCUCUGUCUACGCUGCUUCUCAAGAAUUGGAAUUUCUUUGUUAUCCAGGCAUUGAUUACUAUAAAGUGUGCACCUAUGUAAUUGAAGCACGUGUAGGAAUCAAUGUAUGUAUAUCAAUCAUCAGUUUCAUUGCUCUUAUCGCCUGUCUUACUGCAUCGUGUAUGAGCUGUGCCCUGCCAGCACCUCAGACGACAAGAAUCAUCGUACAGGCGACUCCAGCCGCAGCAGCAACCAUGGAGAGUGCACCUACUUCAUACCCAAAUCCUAAUGCACAAUAUGUCCCAAUGGAUUCUUCAAAACCAUACGGAACGGUGGAACCUCCUCCAUACUCAGCAAAUUAGGUUGAACCUAGUUUCCAUGGUUACUGUUGCUGUAAAGAAGACUUUGAACGUCUGCAUCCCUCAAUUCAGUGAUAAUUAAUAAUAACCCUGUCCACUAACACAGAUGGCGCUCGCUGGGUAACGUCCGAAAAUAAGUAAUCGUUAAUAAAAGUAGGCCUACUUCCAAAAUACUUUAAACAAUUUCGAAACAUUUGCCUGAUUUAUCAUGUUUAUAUCUUCCAAAAUUCGCAGGUCCACCCAGUGAGGCCUGGUGCCCCACCCCUCCUCCGGUCACUGAUCAUUUGAAUAUGACUACACAAGCCAGCAAGUGAUCAGAAACCACCAGAGCAAAUAAUAAAGCAAAUAAUUUCUUUUAAAGGGCAUACGAACCAGCAAUAUUAAUGGCCCCACCCCAAGUACUCAACUAUUCAAAGCUUAAAGUUCUUAUUAUAGAAGAGUUUUAUUGGUGAGGAAAUGGAAUUCACUUUAACUGUGGAUUCGUGGAAAUUCCCUAAAUGAGGGAAUAUUUAGGCGUAUUGUAACAGAAGGUAAUGUUUGAUAACAAUAUCAAGGGCGUAGGCUGGCGUAGGCUAUCCCCAAUAUGUGCACCCCCAUACCAAAUUAGUUCCACCUCCCCAUGCUCAAACAAGCCUACGCCCUUGAAUAUACUUGAAAAAAACUUGACUCUAAAAGUAACUCUUAAAAAGGUUUGGCAAAAAGGCCAAAUUUUUAACCAUCACUGGGCAUCAUACUGUCCACACAACUUUUGGUUAAAAUCUGUCCAAAUUGGGUAAUAAAGACUAAUAAUUCAGUAAAAAAAAUUGCUCAAUUGGAUAAUAAUUGCCCAGAAUAUAUAUAUUUUUACCGACAUACAUUACCCAAAACAGUAUGUUGCCCAACAUUUUAAGUGUGUAUAUAGCUUUAAUUCGAAUUUUAAAGCAUGUUUGACAGUAACGCAUUCCAAUAUAGACGUCUCAACAAUGAUUUUAUUUUUAAAAAAUGUAAUUUUUGUCUUAAAAGUUGAUUUAGGGCCUUCUAAAUAUUAAAUCUUCAAGCAAAACAUUUUUUUAGUUUACAUUGUAUUUAAUGCUUGUUUCGGUAAGAUUAUUGUUUGGGAGAUUAAAUUUCACACUGGUCUGACUAAUUUAUUAAAACAUAAUCAUCAUUAAAAAAAAUUUCAAAAGGGAUUUCGACUAUUAAAAUAUUUUUAACCCCUUCCACAACUUUUUUUAAAGAAUUCUUCUUGAAUUCGAAUAUUACCUUUGUCUUCGUCAACAAUUAUCAAAAUUUUAAUUGUAAAUAUAUUACUAUACUACUAUUUUUACUGUGUUGUUUUGUUUAUUUGAUUAAUGACUGAAAGUAGUUCUUGAAAUAAUAAAUUCCUUUUAUAGACAAAUUAUGUUUUCUUUCUAGCGCCAUAUUUGUAAAGCCAUUAAUAUAGUCACAUACGAUGAUGGAGAAAAUGUCAACAUUUAUUCUCAUUUUGUAUGGUUCUUGACCGGAACUUAAUUAUGUAGCCGCUCAUUUUUAAUUGUAAAUGUAUAUAAUCGAGUAAUCAUUACUGUCAUUUAUAUCUUUAUUUUGUUCAAUAUAUAUAAGUAAAUGAAUGAACAAUUA